AUGGCCUCCCAGUCGCAGGUAGGGUCGUAUUCGAACCCGCUGAAGAAGUUUAAAUUGGUGUUUCUCGGUGAACAGAGCGUUGGAAAGACGUCGUUGAUUACGCGGUUCAUGUACGAUUCAUUCGACAACACGUACCAGGCGACUAUAGGGAUUGAUUUCCUCUCCAAGACGAUGUACCUAGAAGACCGGACGGUGCGCCUCCAGCUAUGGGACACGGCAGGCCAGGAGCGGUUCCGCUCGCUGAUACCGUCCUAUAUCCAGAACUCGAACGUGGCGGUGGUGGUAUACGACAUCUCGAACGCAAAGUCCUUCCAGAACACACGGAAAUGGGUAGACGACGUCCGUGACGAGCGAGGGAACGACGUUAUCAUUGCUCUGGUCGGCAACAAGACCGAUCUCAACGACAAGCGGGAGGUCACCACCGAGCAAGGGGAGGAAGAGGCGAAGAAGAACGGGCUGAUGUUCAUCGAGACGAGUGCGAAGCUCGGCCACAACGUGAAGAACCUGUUCAAGAAGAUCGCUCAGGCGCUGCCGGGCAUGGAGGGAGAGACUCCCAACACUGACAACCAGAUGAUUGAUGUGAGCAUCAACCCGACGAAGCCGGUGAGCAACGACGCCUGCGCCUGCUAG